UUCUGUACUAUCAAAUAAUAAGAACAGAUGAAACCAGUGGGCCACGAUAGUCUCAAGUUUGAUUGAGCUCCAAUCCAAAUCAAUGAGAGGACCGCUGACCAAUCCCCACACCCUGAACUCUGCCUUCAAGCACGCGGAGAAGCCUCGCGCAUCGCUGAUAGUUGAACUUGUGCGCGUGCACGUCUUGAAGUGUGUGAGUGUGGGAGUGUAUAAAACCUUUCCUGCAGGACACAGAGCUCAGAGUGAGUGUGUGUUUUUGAGUCCCUCUGUAUUUUCUUGAAGUAACAGAAGAGGACAGUUUUCCAGCCAUGAUGUUUCCCUGCAGCGCUCUGCCGCCUCCUCUCUGCCCGGCCUUUCUGCGUCCCCCUGCGGGUCUCUCCUCGCCCCUGACACGUUCUCUCCCUUCGGGCUUCCUGGUAGAGGACCUCCUUCGGUUGAGCCAGCCUGUCAGUUACAUACACCGGACCGUUUCAUCAAGAAGUCCCGGCGAGGUGUUCUCUCUCAGCCCGGGGCCGGGCGUCUGUCCCCGGGUGUUGGGACCAAGCAGAGAGCGGUCUGUGCUCCAGAGCUCCAGCCAGCCGAGUCACAUCAGCCCCGGGUCCCCACAGACCGCAUGCCCUGACUCAGGAUACCUCAAAUUCGGUGUCAGUGCGAUACUGGCCCCAUCCACGCGAAGCGUCCACAGUGUUCAGACCAAGUCGUUCCCUUUGCCUUUCUUUGAUGGAAGUCUUCAUCCUUUCAUCAGAGCUUCCUACUUCUCAGCCUCCUCCUCUGUGGUUCCUGUCCCAGGCACGUUUUCCUGGCCUCUGGCCCCCAGAGGGAAGCCCAGGAGAGGCAUGCUGCGGCGGGCCGUGUUCUCAGACCUCCAGAGGAAGGCUUUAGAGAGAACAUUCCAGAAGCAGAAAUACAUCAGCAAACCAGACAGGAAGAAACUCGCAAGUAAACUGGGACUGAAAGACUCCCAGGUGAAGAUCUGGUUUCAAAACCGCAGGAUGAAGUGGAGGAACUCUAAAGAGAGAGAGCUGCUGUCAACAGGUGGCUGUCGUCAACAGACCCUCCCCACCAAAACAAACCCUCACCCAGACCUUACUGACGUAGGCAGCACUUUCUGCCAGAUGCUGGACAGGACUGAACCCACCAGCCAAGCACUGAAGGACAGCCAGGAGACACAUCAUCACCAACACCACCAGCAUCAGCAUCAUCAUCAUCACCAUCAUCACAACCCCUCCUCUCCGUCAGAAUCGAGCAAACAGUCUGAGUCUGACAGUGAAGAAAUCACAGUCUCGUAAAGACGUGGACACUGUGGGUCUAAUGUAAAUAUCAGAAGUUCCUGACUCCUUAAACAGUGUUUCCCCCUCAGUGCCAUAUUUCUGUACAGUGUUGUUUAUAUUACUCUCAGAUGUAGUUCAGUGUAUCUAGAUAUACUAAAUGAGGUAUACUGAGCUGUGUUAGAUAUUUUAAGAUUGAAAUUUUCAAAACUUUUAAAUAUAAAAAUAGUUAUUUUCUUACAAAUUGUAUUCUUUAUAUUUUCUAAUAAAUCUUGAUAUAAUACAUGU